UGUAACCCUUCGAUGGCCCUCUUUAAUCAAGCCACCUUUGACAGUUCUCAGUACUUCACCUUUGACACCUCUGUGGACCAUUCAGUGGUGAAUAAAUACAAACGGAAGAAGACCCGCAGGAAGUCCAGGGUGGUGUUGUAUCCAGAAAGCUCCAAAAAGUACCUUCCAACAGAGCAAAAGAGUAAAGCAAAGCGCUGCCUUCUCUUGCUCAUUGGCAUCAUCUGCUUCCAAAUACUAAAUGCUAUUGAGAAUCUGGAUGACAACCUUCAGAAGUAUGACCUAGAUGGGCUGGAGAAAACCAUGCACCGGGAAGUAUUUGGGCAGAAGGUGGCUGUGGACAGAAUUAUGGAAUUGUUGAAAGAAUACCUGGCCACCCACAUACACAACAAGCCAUUAGUGAUCUCCUUCAAUGGCCCACCUGGGGUUGGAAAGAGCCAUGUUGGAUGGCUGCUGGCUAAACACUUCCGUUCAGUCAUGGACAAUGACUUUGUGCUUCAGUACUUUGUGAUGCACCACUGUCCAAACAAGGAGGCUACUCCUGCUUGCCAAUCAGAUUUGUCUGAAAAGAUUUCCGAGAUGGUCACCAGAGCAGAAAUAGAAGAGAAGAUACCAUUGUUUAUUCUGGAUGAGGUUGAGCUCAUGUCUCCAGUCCUGCUGGAUACGCUCAGCAGAUUCUUCCAACCGAACCAGACCAACGAGUUCCUCAAUGCCAUCUACGUUCUAAUAAGCAACGUAGGGGGCAGUGAAAUCACAACGUUUGCCCUCCAGAAUGUUUCCAGUGACCUUCUGCACCAGCAAAGACAAACAGAAGAACUGCUGUACAUUAUCCAGCCUGUUCUGACCCACUUCCACUCUCUUUGGAAGUCUGCUGACAUCAUCCCAUUUGGUCUGCUGGAGAAGAGUCAUGUCAUAAACUGCAUCUUGGAGGAGAUGAUGCGGGAAGGGCUGUAUCCCGAUCAGAGCCAUAUUGAGAAUUUAGCUAGCCAGCUCAGCUAUUACACUACAGGAGGCAGGGAGUACGCCAUAACUGGCUGCAAGCAGGUCGGAGCCAAAGUCAAUCUACUGUAGCAGCAACCAUAAAUGAGAGGCCAAAUCCUGUUCUCGGCACUUUGCACUCAAUGGAGAUAGCCUGGCUGUACACUGGCAUGACUGACAGCAGAUUUUGGCCCAAGAUGCAUUUCUUCAAGAGGACAGAUAUGAAGCUGUCCCAGUGACCACGUUAUAAGAGGGUUCCAGGAGGCAGAACAGCAGCUGUCACCUCUUCUAAGAUGAGCUCUGUUCUCCUAUCGAUUUAUCGGACUUGAGUCACUGAACUCCCACUGUCCUGCAAAUAAUCCCCUGUUGACUAAGGCCAGGUUCUCUCGCUGAGGAUAUGUCUGCAAAGCAAUUGAAGGCCGGGUCUGAGCCCAGGCACAAGCCAACCCCCCUUGUGUCCACACUGUAAAUGUGCUAGCCUAGGGCUCCAGAUCCAAGGUCCUAGGACCCUGCAGGGCUGGAAGAUCCGAGCCCUAUUGCUUUCCUGUGUGUACGUGGCCCCAACUUGAUUUGUAUCCCAGAGUUCCCGGCGGCAGAGGAGCAGCGCUGCAGGCAGCCAGCGCAGCAGCUGGAAGUGCCAUUACUGCCUGGCAGAGCAUGUUCCCUG